AUGGAACUCGUCUUCAUUCUUAUGCCAACUAAUUUUUCAUGUUUUUGCAUACGUGAUUCGUUUGUGCAUAUAAAUUUCUUCCUUUCUUUUCUUCUUUUCUUUUCUUUUUUAUUUCUUUACUUCUUUUCUUCCUUUUUUCUUCUUUCUUUUAUUCUUUUCUUUUCUUUCUUUCUUUUCUUCUUUCUUUUCUUUUCUUCUUUUCUUUUCUUCUUCCUUUCUUUUCUUCCUUUCUUUUCGUCUUUCUUUCUUCUUUUAUUUUCUUCUUUCUUUUCUUUUUUCUUUUCUUCUUUUCUUUUCCUCCUUUCUUUUCUUCCUUUCUUUUAUUCCUUUCUUUUCUUCUUUUCUUUUCUUCCUUUCUUUUCUUCAUUUCUUUUUUCCUUUCUUUUCUUCUUUUCUUCUCCUCCUUUCUUUUCUUCCUUUCUUUUCUUCCUUUAUUUUCUCCUUUUCUUUUCUUCUUUUCUUUUAUUCUUUUCUCCUUUUCUUUUCUUCUUUUCUUUUCUUCCUUUCUUUUUCUUUUCUUUUCUUCCUUUCUUUUCUUCUUUUCUUUUCUUCUUUUCUUUUCUUCUUUUCUUUUCUUCGUUCUUUUCUUCGUUUCUUUUCUUUCUUUCUUUUCUUCUUUCUCCUUGCUCUUUUCUCCUCUUUGAGAAACAUGUUCACCCGUGCAAUUUAAAACCACCGUCAUUCGCGAAGUCAUCCAAAAAGGGCACUUGCCUCUCGCUUGUCACUAGACACCAAUUCUUACUCGUCAAAUGA